GGACGCGAUUUUCAUAAAUAAUGUAAAACAGCGACGUACGGUUCGCGGACCGAGUUUACUUCGGCCCAUCCCUGACGUGUGACCGCGAACGCACGUAGCCAAUGUGAGUGGAUGACAUUUAACAAAAGCUACCGCCCCCUUUUCCCACUGUUUUCCCCGUUCGAUUGACGGCGACAGCUGGCAAUGUGUAUCCGGACCACUUGAAGUUCAAGCCGAAGGUAUGCCGCUGGCUCGCAGCUUGUCCGUCACAUCCCUGCCCGGGCUGGAGGAAUGGGAUGAGGAUUUCGACUUGGAGGAUGCCGUUCUUUUUGAAAUUGCCUGGGAGGUCGCGAACAAAGUCGGAGGCAUCUACACGGUCAUCCAGACCAAAGCCCGCCUGACGUCAGAGGAAUGGGGGGAGAACUAUUUCCUGGUGGGUCCUUACGUGGAGAGCAACGUGCGCACACAGGUGGAGCUCAUCGAGCCCACAAACCCUGCGCUCAAGAGAACCAUUGACAAGAUGAACUCCAGUGGCUGUAAGGUCUACUUUGGUCGCUGGCUGAUCGAGGGGAGCCCGUAUGUGGUUCUCAUCGAUGUGGGCUUCACCGCUUGGUCUCUGGACACCUGGAAAAGUGAACUAUGGGAGCUGUGUGACAUCGGCGUUCCGUGGUUUGACCGCGAGGCCAACGAUGCCGUGCUGUUUGGUUUUCUGACAGCCUGGCUCCUAGGAGAGUUUGCGGCCCAGUGCGAAGAGACGCCUCACGUCGUGGCCCAUUUCCACGAGUGGUUGGCCGGCCUGGGCUUGGUGUUGUGUCGACACAGGCAGUUGCCCGUAGCAACCAUCUUCACCACUCACGCCACGCUCCUGGGACGCUAUCUGUGCGCCGGAAAUGUCGAUUUCUACAACAAACUUUCAGAGUUCAAUGUGGAUAAGGAAGCAGGGGACAGACAGAUCUACCACCGCUACUGUUUGGAGAGGGCAGCAGCCCACUGCGCACACGUCUUCACCACCGUGUCCCAGAUCACAGCCAUUGAGGCAGAAAACCUGCUCAAAAGGAAACCAGACAUCGUCACUCCCAACGGACUCAACGUAAAGAAGUUCUCAGCCGUGCACGAGUUUCAGAACCUCCACGCUCAGAGCAAGAAUCGGAUUCAGGAGUUUGUCAGGGGACACUUUUACGGGCACCUUGAUUUCAACCUGGACAAGUGUUUGUUCCUCUUCAUUGCCGGAAGAUAUGAAUUCUCCAACAAAGGAGCCGACAUCUUCUUGGAGUCGUUGGCCAGGCUCAACUAUCUGCUAAGAAUCAAUCACAGCGACGUGACCGUCAUUGCGUUUUUCAUCAUGCCGGCUCGGACAAACAACUUCAAUGUGGAGACUUUAAAGGGUCAAGCGGUCAGGAAGCAACUGUGGGAUACCGCUCAAACAGUGAAGGAGCGCUUCGGAAAGAAACUUUAUGAAUCUCUACUCGUUGGACAGCUGCCAGAUGUGUCCAAGAUGCUGGACAAAGAAGACUUCACCAUCAUGAAGCGAGCCAUCUUCGCCACUCAAAGGCAGUGCCAGCCUCCGGUGUGCACUCAUAACAUGCUGGAGGACAGCGGCGACCCCAUUCUCAACUCUGUGCGCCGCAUCGGCCUUUUCAACAGCUCCGCUGACCGUGUCAAGAUUAUAUUCCAUCCCGAGUUCCUGUCCUCUACCUCUCCUCUGCUUCCGAUGGACUAUGAGGAAUUUGUAAGAGGUUGCCACCUGGGCGUCUUCCCCUCUUACUACGAGCCUUGGGGCUACACGCCAGCCGAGUGUACGGUCAUGGGAAUUCCAUCCAUCUCAACAAACCUGUCGGGCUUUGGUUGUUUCAUGGAGGAACACAUAGCAGAUCCUUCGGCGUAUGGGAUUUACAUCCUGGACCGGCGGUAUCGGGGGGUGGACGACUCGUGUAACCAGCUCACUUCCUUCCUGUUCCAGUUCUGCAAGCAGAGCCGGCGCCAGAGGAUCAUCCAGAGGAACCGCACGGAGCGUCUAAGUGACCUCCUGGACUGGAGAUACCUCGGCAGGUAUUACGUAGCGGCACGUCACUUGGCCCUGGCAAAAGCCUUCCCUGACACCUUCCUGUACGAACCUCAUGACCCCACCUCAACGUCGGGUUUCCGUUACCCCCGCCCCGCCUCGGUGCCGCCGUCUCCUUCCCUCUCCCGCCACUCCUCCCCACACCACAGCGACGUCGAGGACAACGACGAGGACGAACGCUACGACGAAGAUCUGGAGGCGGAAAAGGACCGGGUGAACAUUCGCCAGCCCUUCACGUUGCCGUACAAAAACAAGGUGUCUGCGGUCUACAGGGCCAACGGGAACAGCGACGGGGUCGCCGGCGAGAAAAACUGACGCACAGAAAACGCGCCGGAACGUGCUCGAUGUCACUCGUGAGAUUUGGGAUGACGAAUACUAAUACCGCGCACGUACAGAGCUAAUUAUAUCUCCAAAAUAAUUUCAAGCGAGAACGUUGUCCGUUUUAGAUUCUUUCGGUCGCGCCGGCAAUUCUAUAAGUGGUUUGUUUCGAAGGAAAAGCAGCAAAGUCACAAUGGCUGUAUUUUACUAACACUGGGUUAGGAUAAAGUAUAACUCUCGGAUUCACUCGGAUUGUUUUUGUUUUAUUUGAUUUCAUAGAGCGGGAAAAGCAAUUCAUUUUUGCUGUUUUGUCAUCUUUCUACUUCAAGGCAAUCGGGG